GAGCGGAGAGCGGAGAGCGAAGAGAAGAGAGUAGUAUACAGUGAGUAGCAGUAGCAGUGGUAGCAGUGGUAGUAGUGGUGGUGGUGGUGGUAAUGUAGAGAGGGAGGUGAGCAUCCGGAAGACCGCCAAGACCAACCACGAUGACGUCGUUGGAAUUCCAAGCAGGGAACCACGACUUCACUACGAAGUACUCCUGUUUUCUCUGCUUCUCUGCUUCUGUGCUGUUUUCUCAACACUCAAUUCCACCCUUAGUGUAUCACAGCUAACAUGCCGUGGUCAUUUGCUCUCCCCCAGGCAGUGUUUGCCUCGCCAAUUCUUUCCACGACCAGCCCCCUGGCGGCGGGAAUGUUGACGGGCUACCUGGUUAACCGAGGCGGCACGACCAAAGCCAAGUAUGGCAGCAUCCGGCAACCUCCGUUUCGCCCCCCGACGUGGCUCUUCCCUGCAGUCUGGACACUGCUCUACCCACUGAUGGGCUACGCUGCCCACCACGCAACGACGACAGGCCUAUCAGCAUCGACCUUCUCCCCGGAGAUCCGUGAUUUGACCAAGACCUCGCAGACACUUUACACAGCCCAAUUGGUGUUCAAUUAUUUGUGGAUGCCGCUAUUCUUUGGACUCCGGCGUCCCGAUCUAGCCUUGGCGGAUCUGGUCGCGAUAGGGGGGAAUGUGGCUGGAUUGCUGCAUCUCUGGUGGCAAAUUGACCGGACUGCGUUUUGGAUGCUAGUGCCAUAUGCGAGUUGGGUGGGAUUCGCAAUGUAUCUGAACAUUGGCGUUGGAUGGUUGAAUAACUGGCGGAUAUAGACCCCUGUAAGUACUCAAGAGUACUCGGAAUGAUAAUCGACUGCCGAUCUAUUGCAAGCUCAAUAGCAAUAAUUCCGAUUGAUAUCACGUGCGGUCUACGGGCCAGAAAUAGAAAUGCCAAUCCGAAACGAAGUCUAGACCGGGACCGUUUUUAUGCGCUUUCUAUGUGGUAAGGCUACGUGGGUCUUUUAGUUGAAUUGAGAAGCUGUUAUAUCUGCAGUAGUAGUGGUAGUGGUAGUAGUAAUAGUAUUCUUUAUCUGU